CGUGUACGUACAUCGUCCACAGCGGACACGAUGGCCGCGGCAGUCACUCGUAGAGCCAACGCUCUCCGCAUCGACACCCCCGACGGCUACGCUGUGGCCGACGUAGAGAGUGGGCGCGGCGCCAGCGCAGCAGCGGACUCGCCGCCUGCCAAGCGCACCAAAGAUGACGUGUGGGUGGCAGCCGACGAGGGAGAAAUGCCGGGAAACGUCUCCGGCGACGGUGCCCGGCCACUGCUGUUCCGGACCAUGAAGGUCAAGGCCAGUAUCCUGCAUCCUUACAGAUUCUUGAUUCUCGUGCGACUGAUCGCCGUCGUCGCCUUCUUCGGGUGGCGCGUGAAGCACACAAACCACGACGGCGUGUGGCUCUGGACCACCUCCAUGGUCGCGGACACCUGGUUCGCCCUCUCAUGGAUCCUCAACCAGCUCCCCAAGCUCAACCCCAUCAAACGCGUCCCGGACAUGGCCGCCCUCGCGCACCUGUACGGCUCCUCCGGCGACGCUAAUCUCCCCGGCAUCGACGUCUUUGUCACCACCGUCGACCCCGUCGAUGAGCCCAUCCUGUACACCGUAAACACCAUCCUCUCCAUCCUCGCCACCGACUACCCAGUCGACAGGUACGCCUGCUACCUCUCCGACGAUGGCGGCACGCUGGUCCACUACGAGGCCAUGGUCGAGGUUGCCAGUUUCGCCGAGCUGUGGGUACCGUUCUGCCGGAAGCACUGCGUCGAGCCAAGGUCCCCGGAGAACUACUUUGGGAUGAAAACACAGCCAUGCGUCGGCGGUAAUGCCGGCGAAUUCAUGAGGGAUCAUAGGCGUGUGCGCAGAGAAUAUGAGGAGUUCAAGGUGAGGAUAGACUCCCUUUCAAGCACCAUCCGAAAACGUUCUGACGCGUAUAACAAAGGCGACGGGCUACGUGCCACGUGGAUGGCUGAUGGGACACAAUGGCCAGGCACAUGGAUUGAGCAAGCUGACAACCAUCGAAGAGGCCAGCAUGCUGGAAUUGUUCAGGUCAUACUAACACAUCCAAGUUGUAAAACACAACUGGGUUCGCCGGCGAGCACUCGAAAUCCAUUUGACUUCAGCAACGUUGACACGAGGCUCCCCAUGCUUGUGUACAUUUCCCGGGAGAAGCGCCCCGGCUAUAACCACCAAAAGAAGGCAGGCGCCAUGAACGCGAUGCUCCGCGUCUCCGCGUUGCUCUCCAACGCGCCCUUCAUCAUAAACUUCGACUGCGACCACUACAUCAACAACUCGCAGGCUUUCCGUGUCCCGAUGUGCUUCAUGCUCGACCCUCGGGAUGGCCAGAACACCGCCUUCGUCCAGUUCCCCCAGCGCUUCGACGAUGUAGACCCGACAGAUCGCUACGCCAACCACAACCGUGUCUUCUUCGACGGCACCAUGCUCUGCCUCAAUGGCAUCCAAGGCCCCUCCUACCUCGGCACCGGAACCAUGUUCCGUCGUGUCGCGCUCUACGGCAUGGAGCCACCGCGUUAUCGAGCGGAGAACAUCAAGCUCCUAGGGAUGGCAGGUAAUAAGUUUGGCAACUCGAUACCGUUGGUAAACUCGAUGCCGGAUGCGGCUGUCCAAGAGAGGUCCAUCACGCCGGUGCUGGUCGACGAGCAGCUCAGCAACGACCUUGCUACUCUAAUGACGUGCGCCUACGAUGAAAGGAGUUCAUGGGGGAGAGACGUCGGGUGGGUGUAUGACAUCGCGACGGAGGACGUGGCGACCGGUUUCCGCAUGCACCGGCAAGGGUGGCGCUCCACAUACUGCUCCAUGGAGCCGGCCGCGUUCCGUGGCACCGCGCCGAUCAACCUCACCGAGCGCCUCUACCAGUUGCUCCGGUGGUCAGGAGGAUCCCUGGAGAUGUUCUUCUCCCAUAGCAACGCGCUCCUCGCCGGCCGCCGGAUGCACCCUCUGCAGCGCGUCGCGUACCUCAACAUGUCCACGUACCCGAUCGUCACCGUGUUCAUCCUGGCAUACAACCUCUUCCCGGUCUUGUGGCUCUUCUCCGACCAGCUCUACAUCCAGAGGCCGUUCGGCACUUACAUCAUGUACCUUGUCGCCGUCAUAGCGAUGGUGCACGUGAUCGGAAUGUUCGAGGUGAAAUGGGCGGGGAUCACGGUGCUCGACUGGUUCCGCAACGAGCAGUUCUACAUGAUCGCCGCCACCGGCGUGUACCCGACAGCGGUGCUGUACUUGGCGCUAAAGCUCGUGACCGGUAAGGGGAUAUACUUCAGGCUCACGUCCAAGCAGACGGAGGCUUGCUCCAACGACAAGUUUGCCGACCUAUACACCGUGAGGUGGGUGCCCCUGCUGAUCCCGACCGUGGCGGUGCUCGUUGUGAACGUGGCGGCCGUCGGAGCGGCCAUAGGCAAGGCCGCGACAUGGGGGUUUUUCACGGAGCAGGCGCAACACGUGGUGCUCGGGAUGAUGUUCAACAUGUGCAUCCUCGUGCUCCUCUACCCGUUCGCGCUCGGGAUCAUGGGGCAGUGGGGGAAGAGACCCGUCAUUCUUUUUGUCAUUUUAGUCAUGGCCACGGGCGCCGUCGGGGUCCUGUAUUUCACACUCCACGCUCAGUACCCAGCAGAAGUUGCAGCGUUUGUUGGUGAAGCAUCGCUUACCGGGUCAUCUGGCUAGACAAGCACGGCUCGUCUUACUGGUACAAAUGGCACGCAGUGCCAUGCAUAAUCUGUGAGUGUGUGUGUGCUCAUGUCUAUAGAACAUGAGAAUUGGUCAUUAAUUGUACUCCUGUGUACUCUCUACUCGAGUAUGAGAAUUCAUAUUUUUAUGAGAAAAUUGAAGUGUGACU